AUGGAGGUGCAAAUUGGGUAUGAAUGGAAGCCUGAAAAAUUCAAUCACUGCCAAGGAGUUGGUCAUAAAACUGAAGAGUGCCGCAAGAACAAACCUUCAAGACAACAAUGGGUAACCGGGAAAGUUGAAAUAACAAAGCCUGGUCAGCCUGUGAGAGAUACUGAAGGGUUUCAGAUUGUUAUGAAAGGUGUGAAGCAUAAAGAGAUAGUGGAAACUAAACAGAAGGAGGCCUUAACUAGUAACCCUUUUAAUGCAUUAGAAGGGAUGGAAGAUGGUGAAAGCUCAAAAGCUCAUGAGGAUCUUGAUAACAGGGGAGGGGAGGGAGUCACCCCUCUUCCUAAUGCAUAG